AUGAUCUUAAAUAAUUUAUAUAGUACAAAGGAAUUAAUAAUAAUAUUAAUUAAAUCUGAAUAUUUAGCAUUAAAAUAUAAUAAUUAUUUUAUAAUGCCUAUUCAUUUAUUAUUAAGUUUAUUAUUAACAAAUAAUUUAUGUACAAAAUUUUUUAAAAUAAAUAAAAAUUUAAUAACUAAUAAAUUAAUUUUAUUUUUAUUAAAUAAAUAUAAGUAUAAUAAAAAUAUAAUAAAUGUAAUAUUUUCAAAUAAAAUUAUUAAUAUAUUAAGAAAAUUAAAUAAUUUUAAUUUUAAAAUAAAUUCUUUCAAUUUAUUAUUAUUAUUAUUAAAUGAAAAAGAUAAAGAUAUUCAAUAUCUAUUUAAAUAUUUAAAUUUAAAUUUUUCUAAUUUAAAUUUUUAUAUAUCUAUAACAAAUAUAUUUCCUAAUAAUUUUAAAAAAAUAUUAAAAGAAUUUUCUACAAAUAUUUAUAAUAUAAAUUUAAUAUAUAAUUAUAAUAUAAAUUUAAAUAAAUAUCAAUAUUUAAAAUUAUUACAAAUUUUAAAUUUAAAAAUAAAAAAACAUAUAAUAAUAAAAGGAUUAGAAGAAAAUAUAUUUUCAUUUUUAAAAAUAUUAAUGAAUAAUAUAAAAAAUAAAACAGUACCUAUAUAUUUAUAUAAUACAGAAAUAUGGAUAUUAAAUGAUUUAUUAAAUUAUGAUAUAUAUAUAAUAAUAUCUAAAAUAUUAAAUAUUUCUAAAUAUUUAAUAAAUAAUUAUAAAUUAAUUUUAGUUAUAAAAAAUAUAGAAAUAUUUAAUGAGGUAAAUAAUGAUAAUAAUAAUUUAAAUAAAUUAUAUUAUUUAUAUUUAUUAUUAAAUAAAAUUUCUAAUUAUAAUAUACAUAUAAUAAUAAUAACAACUAAAGAUAAAUAUAAUUUAUAUUUUAAAUAUAAUAAUUUAUUACAAAUUAAAUUUUUUUAUACAAUACAAAUAAAAAAUUUAUCAUUUUUACAAAUAUUUUUAAUUCUAAAAUAUAAUAUAUAUAAAUAUAUAAAUUAUUAUAAAAUACAUAUAAAUAAUUAUAUUAUAUAUGAAUUAAUUAAUUUAAGUAAAAAAUAUAUUACAAAUAUAAAAUCUCCUAUAAUCCCUUUAAUUUUAUUAGAAAAUUUAUGUUCUAAAAAAUAUUUAUUUAAAAUAAAUACACAAAUUUCUAAUUUUAAUUAUAUAUUAACUAAUAAUAAUGUAUAUUUACAAAAUAAAAAUAAUUUAAUUAUAACAUAUGAAGAUAUAAAAACAACAAUUUCUGAAUAUUUAAACAUUUCUAAAACUAUAUUAUUUAAAAAUAAUAAAAUAACUAAUUCUAAUUUUAAAAAAUUAGAAUAUUAUUUAUAUAAGAAUAUACAUGGUCAAAAUCAUAUAUUUAAUAAAAUAUUACCUUCAAUUAAACAAAAUUUAAUAGGAUUAAAAACAAAAAAUAAACCUAUAGGUAGUUGGAUUUUAUGUGGUCCUAGUGGUACUGGUAAAACUGAAUUAGCUAAAAUAUUAGCAAAAUAUUUAUUUAAUUCAGAAAAAAAUUUAAUUAGAUUUGAUAUGAGUGAAUAUAUGGAAAAACAUUCUAUAUCUAGAUUAAUUGGAUCUCCUCCUGGUUAUAUAGGAUAUUCUGAAGGAGGUCAAUUAACUGAACAAGUAUAUAAAAAUCCAAAUUCUAUAAUAUUAUUUGAUGAAAUAGAAAAAGCUCAUCCUGAAAUAUAUAAUAUAAUGUUACAAAUUUUAGAUGAAGGUAGAUUAACAGAUUCUACAGGUAAAUUAAUUGAUUUUACACAUACAAUUAUUUUAUUUACAAGUAAUUUAGGUUGUCCUAAAAAUUAUAAUUUAUAUUUAAAAAAUAAAUAUUAUUUAUCUAAUAAAGAUUUAAAAGAUAUAGAAAAAAAUAUUAAAUUAAAUAUUAAUAAUUAUUUUAAACCUGAAUUAUUAAAUAGAUUAACAAAUAUAUUAAUUUUUAAUCCUUUAAAUAUAAAUUCUUUAUUAUUAAUAUUUAAUAAAUUUAUAAAUGAAUUAAAAAUUAAAUUAUAUUUAAAUAAAAUAAAUAUAAUAAUUUAUAUAAAAAAAGAACUUAAAUAUUUUUUAAUUAAAUUAACUUAUAACCCAUUAUAUGGAGCUCGUUCAUUAAAAAGAAUAUUAGAUUUAAUUUUAAAUAAAUCAAUAAGUGAUUUAUUAUUAAUUUAUGAUAAAAAUUAUUUUAUUAAAAAUAAAUAUAUUUUAUAUUAUUUUUUAAAUAAAUAUUAUAAUUUAAAUUUUAAUAUAUAUUCUUUAUAA